AUGUCUCUUCCACCAAUUAUCGAAUCUCCUAUAUUCAAUAGCUCUUACUUCACAGGCAACAAUGACUAUCUAACACUAACUACAGGUGAUCAAAGAUAUUUGAGACUCGGCGGAGUUGGUAUGGUUUCAUCAUUGAGUGUGACUGACAAUCUCGAUACCGGCUCUCUAACCAUUGGAGGGUCAUUGGUUGAUCUAUCC